GAGAAUCCGCGGGCGCUUCACACGAGUUUCGAGGACAGGUGUCUAUAUUGACAAAAGGACAAAGACUUUUUGAGCCAGCUGACUGGGCUUUUUACAAUGGCUUUUCAAGAUUGCAGAUGCCGCCUACAGAGACGACAGUCAUAUUUGAGCCCCGAAGCUCACCAAUGUAGCAGGCGCCCCAAGCUCAGUCCUCAAGAAGCCAUGGCGAAGUCCAGGGGCCGUCUGUACCUUUGGAUGUGCUUGGCUGCUGCGCUGGCAUCUUUCCUGGUGGGAUUUAUGGUGGCCUGGUUUAUUAAGCCUCUCAAAGAAAUAACCACUUGUAUGCGCUAUCAUCAAAGUAUACGGUGGGAACUGGUAUCUGAAAUGAAAGCUGAAAACAUCAAAUCAUUUCUUCGUUCUUUUACAAAGCUUCCUCAUCUGGCAGGAACAGAACAAAAUUUCUUGCUUGCCAAGAAAAUUCAAACCCAGUGGAAGAAAUUUGGACUAGAUUCACCCAAGUUGGUUCAUUAUGAUGUCCUCUUAUCUUACCCCAAUGAGACAAAUGCCAACUGUAUAUCGAUUGUGGAUGAACAUGAAACUGUGAUUUUCAAAACAUCAUACCUCGAACCACCACCAGAUGGCUAUGAGAAUGUUACAGAUAUUGUGCCACCAUAUAAUGCUUUCUCAGCCCAAGGCAUGCCAGAGGGAAAUCUUGUAUAUGUGAACUAUGCUCUCACUGAAGACUUUUUCAAACUAGAAAGAGAGAUGGGCAUCCACUGUACUGGGAAGAUUGUUAUUGCAAGAUAUGGAAAAAUCUUCAGAGGAAAUAAAGUUAAAAAUGCCAUGUUAGCAGUGUCCAUAGGAAUCAUCUUGUACUCAGAUCCAGCUGACUACUUUGCUCCUGAGGUACAGCCAUAUCCCAAAGGAUGGAAUCUUCCUGGAACUGCAGCCCAGAGAGGAAAUGUGUUAAAUUUGAAUGGUGCUGGUGACCCACUCACUCCAGGCUAUCCAGCAAAAGGUAUCUCUGGAGCUGUUUUGUGGACACCAGGAGCAUUACUUGACAAGCCCUGUGUUGGUCCCAGGGUACCCUGUGCACCUGGGUAAGGCUGGAACACAUUGGGAACAGGGACCCAACAUGCCCACUCUGGAACACCGUGGGACCUGGGGAAAUCGCCAACUGUUUGCUGUCCUGCCAUUGCUGUUCUACACAUCCCUGGAGUGUGUAGAGCAUCGGUUACAAUGUGGUAGUGUCUGGUCAGGACCAGAAAUGUCCAUUUUUGACCUGGAAGCAGCAGACACCCAAGGCUUAGGGUAGACGUGGGGGCUCCAUACCAUUCCCAGUGCUAACUUCCCAUGGCGGAAACAGGAAGGAAUGUCUGGCAACCCACCAAGGGUCAGAUGCUACGUCAGCCCGAGCAGAAGCUGCCUGACACUGGCUGUUCCAAUGACAAUAGGACAUCCUUGGGAAGGUGGAGCCAUUUGUGAGAGCUUAGGAUGGGUGUCCUGGAAGUGCCACUUAAAGGCGACUGAGGCCUCUCAAAAUGCCUGUGUUAGAGCUGCAGCUUUCCACGUGGGCUGCAAUGCAGUCACCUGUGGAGCUUUAGGACAGGCCCAAGCUCAGCUCCCUGGGCCAGUGCCUUCAGAACUUCCACAGCAGGGAUAGCCAGCUUGGAAAGCCAUGCCUGGGAGACCACGUGACACUGCCUGGCUGGGUCCUGGGCUGACAGAGAUGAGCGUGGAGCUCGUGGUGACUUGGUAAUGCUGUGAAUUAUGUACAUGUGGCAGGAAGGUUCCACAAUGCCAAGGCCCCAAGUCUUGGAAAUUCCAUGAGGUCUGCAUGAGGUUGAACUAAACACCAAGUGCAGUCCUCAAAGGAAAAAUAAAAGAAAUACCCACAUAAGGGACUCUUUGGAACUGAGUCUGGAAGAGAGGGCUGCCUGGUCCACUCCAGGAGAAUUUGCCUAAAAUAAGUUUGCUUCCCAUUGCAUUCUCUUUGCUUGUUCUAAACAUCACCUCCUCCCAUUCCCUUAAUUUGCAUCAUUCUGGGCUCCUUACUCUUGUUGCAACCUGUUUUUACAUUUUAAGGAUGUCUGGAUUCGAUUUACUUAAGAGCAUAUAUGGCUUAAUUUUGUGUUUCUGGUAAUCAUUAAUUACAUUUCCCCAUUUUAUCAAAUGACACGUUUUCCUCAUAUCUAUUUUGAAUAUGUUAAAGAUUUUUGUAUCCAGUUUAUCUAAAACUCCUUGAUUAAAAUGAGUUUAAUUCUAGCAAUACAUACAUGCUUAUCUCUGCAUUGUUUUAUAAUUUGAUGAUAAAUGUUUGUCCCCAAUAUAUGACUGUAUGGAUAAUACUUUUUAAAUAGAUACAAUAAAAUAUGAUAUCUCUUUCUCACUUGA